GGAAAAGAUGAAAAUGUGUCAGCUGUCAUAGCCUCUGGUGCAGUGGUUCCAUUGCUAAACACACUGGAAUUACCGCACAACAAACCUCCUUUUGAGGCCAUCAAAGAGAAACUAAAGUUAAUAGAGGCAUCCACUCGAGCAUUGAAAGCAAUAUUUUCCAGCUCUCCAUGUGUGACGUACAAUGCAUAUUCUGUAAGCAAAUCAAACGGUUGAAAAACUUCAGAUGCCAAAGUGCAUUGACAUUGGCUGUUUUGUGUAUGUAUAUAUAAUUUUGGAACAAAUGAUAGAGUCAACACGUAGAAACCCUCGUUACGCUUUUAGAAGUGAGCUCCAAUGCGUUGAUGCGGGAAACAGAAGGCAACGUGUCAUCGGAGAGAUUAGCGUUCGCUAUGAUUGCCGAGUUUACAGCAGCCAUUAUAGAUAAAUGCUCCGGUCAUCAAAUUCAGCAGAGCCACUUAUAUAAAGCAGGCGCUAUACAACCGCUUGUCAACCUUUUGCAUUCCGGAUGUAUUAAAGCGCAAGAGGCCGCUUUGUCUGCUAUCGGCACACUAUGCCAAGAAAAUAAAGAGUUAGCAGAAGCUGUCAUUCAUUCAAAACCUGCCAACUCUAGACAAUCCACUAUUGCUACUAUGCUUGAUUUUGUUAGGGAUAAAGAUCCCAACAUGCGACUCACAGCGGCCACUUGUUUAACAAACUUAUAUCGUACAGGCGUAUUUUCAGAACCUUUCAGCGAGGUUAUUUUGGUUGUUUUACCAGCACUUGUGAAACUAUUGCAGGAUACAACAGGCGAUAUACAAGAAAGAGCACCUCUUGUACUUGGAGAUUUAAUCAAGGAUAGCGAGGAAAUGCAAAAAGCAGCCUACGACGCCGAUGCUAUUCCUCGUUUAGCCGAGUUAUUGAACAGUGUGUGUUCAAAAGAGGCUGAUGAAGAGGAGCCAAAGCAGCAGCUAGGUGUGCCCGGUGAAGGCAGCGUAGCACGUAGGAAGGAAAAAAUCAAAGAGAAUGCAUUGACAGCCAUUGGAGCAGCUACGCUAGCAAAGGAGGAGUGCCGCACGCAAGCUAUUGAAGCCAAAGUGCUUCCUCAUAUGAUCUCUGGUUUAACCAGCAAACACCCCAAGACACGUUUAGCCGCUUGUCAAGUGGCUAGAUCAUUAUCAAGAAGUGUGAGUCAUCUAAGGACAAGCCUAGUGGAUGCUGGAAUUGCACCUCCUCUCAUCAAAUUGCUUUACGAUGAAAAUAUUGGUGUACAAACGGCCGCUUGUUCAGCAUUAUGUAACCUUGUUAUAGAAUUCUCACCCAUGAAGAAGAGUGUCAUUGAAGCAGGCGCUAUUAACCGUUUUGUAGAAUUUGCUCGUGGAUCAGAUUUGCAACUUCAACUGAAUGCCGUAUGGUCGCUGCAAAAUUUAUUGUACAAAGCCGAUUUGCAGGCAAAGAAGGCAGUCAUGGAUAUACUGACAUUUGAUACCUUAUUGGACUUGACGCGUCGGCCCAAUUUCAACAUUCAAGAACAAGUAUUAGAAAUUGUGCGGAAUCUUGCCUUUGGCGGUCAAGAAGAUACAGAUUGGUUGCUUGAAAAUAUGGGAGAAGAUACAAUUUUGGAUCUUGUAGAAAGUAAACUACAAAUUGUCUCCUAUAUGGAUGUAGAUGACGGUGAGGAGGAUCUUAAGCUCCGAACAGCAACCAUGAUAGCAGCGCUUUACAUUAUUAUUAAUCUGUCGAGUAAUAGCGAAGGUCCAAAAAUGGCCUUUAUGAGUCGCCCAACGAUUGUACAUUGCGUCAUAUCUAACUUGCAACAUGAGGAUCCCAGAGUUAGACUGGGUGCUUGUUGGGUUCUGAUUAAUUGGACCUUCCAUAAUGCGGAGGAAUCAGAUUCUUCGAAGCUUAUUCAGCGCUGUAUUAAUUUAAGAGAGUUAGGGGCUGAGGAAAAACUGGAAGAGCUUGCGAGUGAUUCUGAUCGCGACGUGCGAGAUAGAUCGAAUAUAGCCUUAAAUCAACUACAAGCUGUAUUCGCCAGCAUUGCAGAAACUUAAACAAUAAGCAAGCUACCUUGAACUGUCUUUACCUGGUUCUUACACACACAACAUGUCCAAAUCGCUCUUUAAAAAAUCAUUACAAAUUCCCCGCAUAUACAUAUACACAGGGCUUACGGAAGCUGGUAAUCCCUUUCAAAAUAAUACUUAAAAUCGCAAUAGAAUAAUCUCUU